UGUCAUCGUCGUCGUGGUCGUGAUUUGUUCGCACGAGCGAGACUUAAAAUCGCAGAUAUUUUCUAAACCUUUUUCGAAAUUGUUCUGACGGAUAUCAUUCGGAGUUCUUAUGAAAUACUAAGUGCAUCGAUUUCCCUUUCUACACCCGGAUUGCAAGCAGCGGAUUCCAGUGCAUCGGAGCAGCGUUUAGGGGAGUGACGGAAGUAGUGGAGUGAGUGUCCCCUUCACUCACCGAGCCCUGGAAGCAGUCGAAGUAGGGGCGUGCAAGUUCUCUGGAAAGCAACAGCCCACGUGCAGCUAACAAGCGUCCUACGGAAUCCAGCGAGAAUCGCGUUUCGAAUCGUUACAACAAAUAACUGACGGAGACGGCGAAAACAAGGGCCAACCUUUGCACCACCAGCAGCAAUACCAGCAGCCGCGGGAGCAGCACCAGCAGCAGUAGCAGCAGCGGAACCGCAGCAAGAAUGGGUGACGCGAUCAACUUUGGGCCCGCUUGGUUGCGCAAGGUGGCAUCCGAUAGUAGUACCACCGGGGCCGGAGGUAGCCACCAGAACAGCAGCAACAGUCACAAUAGCCAUACGCUCAGCAACAGCAAUAGUAGCUCCAUCGUGAACAACAGUGGUGGUGGCGGGGGUGCCGGAUUACAUCAUCAUCCGCACCAUCACCACUCGCAGCAGUUGCCGCCGUCGUCGCACUCUUCGUCGGCCACCCAUACGCACUAUCUGUCGCAUAGCGCCAGCGCCAACGCUAUUGGUAGUGGUGGUGGUGGUGGUGGUUCGGGAGCCUUCUCCACAAGCCCGAACGGAGGUGGCGCUGGGGGCCCUGGUGGUGGUGGUGGUGGUUCGGCCAACAAUGGCACCGAGGGAGGAACCACAACGACCACUACUCGGUACGCGCUGGCCGAAUUUCGAUACGGGCGUGAGGAAAUGCUCGCCCUGUUCGAAGCGAUCAAAACGAUUAAGAUGCCAGAGUUACUGGUGAACUACAAGAACUUAUUUGUGGAGAAGCCGGAACCACCGCUUUCGCUGACGCCCGGCCCGGAGGAGGAGCUUGCUUCCGAACCGGAUCCACGACGUACUUGGCCCUCGAGAAGUAUUUCGCUGGGGAUUCCUGGCCGUGGUGCCCGUGGAGGAUCGGCUGAUCGUGGACGAGGACGUGGCCGAGGAAUCUAUACUAGCUACCAACGGUCGACCUCUUUCUACGACGACGAAUCCAGAGCUGUAGGGAGAGGUGAACGACCGUGGCUGGAGCGUAACGGCACUGCUGGCGGUCCCGGAAUACUGGGCGGUGGAGCCGGUGGUGAUGUGGAGUGGAACAGCUCGUCCUCCAGUCCACGGAAGGAGUACGGUUCGCGAAUCCGGUCGACGGGAGGCAGUAUGGAAAGCUGGCGUCGUUCCCGCACGGACGACGAUACCACCAGCAACAGCAACGGCAUCGGAGACUGGCGUUCGGGGGCAAGUAGUGGCGGGGGCAUCGGCGGUGGCAGCACCGGGAGCAGUGGCAUCAUGCGUGAAAAGUGGACUCGCUCCACGAGCUGGCGCGACGAGGAUAGUUCUUCGCAUGGGCUAAUGGAACGAGGGCUCAAUAGUAGCAGCGAGCGUAUGAUGUCGGUGCCAGCCUAUAAAUCGCGCCUAUCCGGCGGGCUCGGUGGUAACGAUCUCAAUUCUUCAUCUACCGGCGGGAUGAUGCGCCGCCCGAACUGGGACGCCGACGAGCUACCCGAAUGGGCGACGGAAAACCCAUCCGAUUUCGGGGGAAGUUUCGAUGCGACCGGCGCGUUUCACGAUUCGGACAAUGACGGUGAAGGUGGAGGUCGCUUGGAGGGUGGUGAUGAAUCGUCAAACGGUGUUGGUGGUGGUAAGCAUGGUCAGGUAAAGCAUGAUGACCGCUCGUCGAAGGGCGGCCGGCGAGAACCGAAUGCUUCCACGAACGAAGGUGACGCGCCCAUGAAGAAACAGCCCCCGCAGCAUCAGCGUGAUGAUGGUGCAAAUGAAAAGGAAACGGAAGGUGGCAUGGAUCCGAUGAACCACGUCGGUGACAAUACGGUAGCGAAGGAUAGGAACGCGCGCGGAAUUGACGAUCCGAGCUGCUCUCCUUCGGCGCAACAGCAAGAAAAAGUGGACAACUCGGGGAUGGAGAUGCGCUCCAGUGAAAAAAACACGAAACCGCAAGAGUCGGCGGGUGGUACUGGAAAAGGUCUUUCGUCUUCGCGCGAAUCGAUCGAAUCUUCCGUAUCGUCGUCUUUCGGAGUUGGCGCAACGUCGUCUUCGUCGGCUGCUAUUGCCGGUGCAGCAGGAGCCGAUUCCGACCCUCGGAACAGCUCUCCGGCGUGGCAGAAAAACAACAACAACAACAGCACUGAUGGAUUGGGUGGUGAGGCAACCGCGAAGGGAGCCGCAACUGGUGUCGGGUUAAGAGAAAAUAGUGCCGAAAGCGAUUCGAAACCCAAUCUAUCGCAGCGCGAUAUGAGCCAAGAGCCGAAGAAAUCGCCCUCCAUUACGAGCAUCGAUCGAAUGCAAGAAGUUGCGGACGAUAUGGUGGCGCAGCUGAUACUGGAUGAUGAAUUUUUGCCCCCGGAUACUGCCGACCCGUCGGUCAUAUCGUCCAUCGCAGCACGCGGCGGUGGUAUGGCCGGGCCCGGUAUGCCCGAUAAGUCGCCAAUGUUUGGCAUUUCUGCUGGAGGAGGUGGUGGACCGUCAUCCGCUGGCUCGAUGGGAGGUGGGGCCGGCGGCCUACCCCUGAACAUGGUCCACCCGAAGACUCUACAGGCUCCGAUGCAGCAGCUUUUUGGUAACGGUGGAAAUAUGUCGCGCGUCAACCCAAUGCUACUACCGGAUGCCGUCGCGGUGAAUCGGGUGGCUGCGACGGGUGUGGCUGGAGUUAACCCCAUGUCACAACUGCAUCACCUCCUCGGUGGUCCGGGGAGCCAGGCGCUUGGGGUGGACGUUUGGUUCUACCGUGAUCCGCAGGGUAAGGUGCAAGGCCCAUUUCCGGCCCCGGAAAUGACCGAAUGGUACCGCGCGGGGUAUUUCGACGAUUCGCUCUCGGUGCGGCGAGGCUGCGAUGAAGUUUACACCACCCUCGGUACGCUCGUUGCCAUCUGCGGAGGGGCCAUUCCGUUCCUUAACUCGAUCACCAUACCACCGAUCAAAACGAACGUGGCCGCCGGUGGACCUGCAAAACAUUCGCCUCAACAGCAGCAACAACCACCCCAACCAAACUCUUCUGCGCAAGGACAAUCUGGAAAGGUCGGUGGUGGUAGUGGUGGUGGCGGUGGAGGAGCACCAGGUAGCGGGGGAGUCGUUUUGCCUUCACCAAACCAACAACAACGAGAUCCCGCUGGUCAAGGAGGCGGAGGUGGUUCGCAUUCGAAUCAAAACCUACUGCAACAACAACAACCUUUGCUCCCCGGUCAGGCAAGAGGUGGUGGAGGAGGAGGAGGAGCUGGAACAGCAGCUGCACAAGCUGGCGGCGGGCCAAACGUUCCAUCGCCAGCGCUGCACUACAUGCGCCAGCAGAAUCUUCUGUUGCAGAAACUUCAAAGCACUGAGGGCUGGCAUUUACUUACGCCGGAGCAGCAGAAUCACGUUGUCUCACAGCGGAUGAGUCAGCUGAUCACUGCCGAUGGAAUGGUGGGUAUGAUGUCUCCCUCCUCACUGGCUGGUGGAGUGACAGCACCGGGAGCAGGUGGCCAGCACCAGCAGCAACCGGGGUCCAGUAUUUUCGGCGGUGCCCCCGUCGACAGUCAGGAUACACUAGUCAAUCUAAAGCUUCGGGAAAUGCAACAGCAACAUCAGCAGGGCCAACCACCCCAGCAACAUCAGCAACAGUUUUUGAAAUUACACUUGCCGGAGUUUGGUCAGUCUCCACAGGUACCCGGCGCAAGACCUAUGCUAGGUAAUAUGAACGUUGAUCCGGCUGGUCCAGGCGCUGCGGCAGGACAUGAUCUGGCUCAGAUGAUGCAUGGUCUCAACUACAAUCAACUGUCUGCCCUGCAGCACCUUGGCCCGCUGAGCGGAAAUAAUCUGGCGAUGCCACGCGCAGGAAUGCUGGGAAGAACCGGUGCUGCUGGUCCCGGAUCCCAAGGUCCUCCACAAGGGCAACCGCAGCCACCGUCGGUCCAACAGCCGCAACAGCAGCAAUCGCAACAACCUCCCGGCAAACCAGGCGGCGGAGGUGAUGAUCCGAUACAGUCACUAUUUAUGCAUUUGUCGCUGCACAAAAACCAACCCCCGCAGCAGCUCCCACUCCCACACCAGCAGCAACAACCGGCCAAAUCGGCCGCAGAACUGAUGGGAACACCAUGGAUGCAAGCAACCCAGGGUGGCAUCCAGCAACAGCAGCAGCAAGACCAACAACAACCGCAACCGCAGCCCGGCAUGGUGCCUAGAGGACCCGCUUGGGGUGAACUACCACCACCACCGACGAGUGCCUCUUUUGCUUCACUCAUGCAACAACAACAACAGCAGCAGCAGCAACAACAGCAACAACAACACCAGCAACAACAACAACAGCAACAACAACAGCAGCAACAACAGCAGCAGCAGCAGCAGCAUUUACAGCCUGUUGCUGGCGCCGGACAUCAUCCACACUUGUUGGGUGCACCCACAAAUGAACCGCAGGCCCCUUCCGUUGUCUCCCUCUUUAAGCACCAUCAACAGGUGGAAAAGCAGCAACAAAUGGAAAAGGAGCAUUUGCAACAGCAACAGCAGUUGUUGCAGCAGCAAAUGCAACAGCAACAGCAGCAUCAACAGCAGCACCACCAGGACGGUGUGCUGGGGCAACAACAAAAGCAUCAACAUCAACAACAGCAGCAACAGGCGACCGCGCCUCCUCAGCAUCUACAAGAGCAACAGUUGCAGCAACUGCAACAGCAACAGCAGAUACAACAGUUGCAAGAGCAGCAGCAACAGCAGCAGCAGUUUAACCAAAAGACGGUAAAAGAAGCUCACAAAAAGGAGAGUGGCGUUGUGAAUGAUAACUCCGUUCAGCAACAACAACAAUUGUCGUCUGGUGGUGCCAAAAAGCAAACCAACAAGCAGCAAGUCACCAACAGCAACCACGUGGAUGUUGAUGAUAAACCAUCCGCAAACGUGACGCAACAGAAUCAAAAGCUAAAGAAACCGCAAAAAAACGCUGUAGCUGGUGGGAAUAGUAGCAGUAGCAGUUCCAGCAACGGCCAAGCAGUGAAUGACGACGAGAGCGAUUUCAUACGAGUAAAGAAUGAGAUGGAGGAGAAGAAGCGUCAGAAAGAAAUGAAGAAACAGCAACAGGAAGAGCAAAAGCGUAAGAUGGCCGAGGAGAAGAAAAAUCAGGAAGAGCAGGAAGCCCAGAAGAAGGCAAAACUGCUAGAACUGCAGCGCCAAAGCUGCUUGAAGAUACAAGAGCAACAACAACAGCAGCAGCAGCAGCAACAGCACUCGCCGCAGCAGCAGCAGCGUAAGGCAGUGCCGGCGCCGUGGUCCGGGGCAGUGGCGGAGAUAGCCAACAGUGGACUGAGCUUGGAAGAAAUUGAAAAAGAAGAGCGCGAACAGCGUGCACUGAUGGCUCGACGUGAGCAAAACAUUCGCGAGCAGCAGGAGCAGCAGCAGAUCCUCGAGAUGCAGUCGCAAAUCGAUGGUAAGCUGAAGUGGAACGCUCAGAACCUGAAGCCGGCCAAUGUAAAAUCGUUGCUGGAAAUUCAAGCGGAAGAGCGUGCUCGGGAGAAGAACGCUGGUACAGCACCAUCCGGCGGAUUGACUGUGGCCGCGAUCGCAGCCCAACGAAAAGGUGUGAAGAAGGAUGAACCACUUCCAGCCAGUGUCCUGCUGGGAGGAGGAGUUGGUGGUGGGCCUGGAGGAGUUGGUAGUACUGGUGGUGGUGCAGCCGUCUGGCAGAUGCGUGGUGGCAGCAGUUUGUACUUCAACUCAACCAAGGGAUGGGGUGGUGACAACGGCGAACCGGGAAACCCAUCCGGUGCUUCCGGUGCUGGUGGAAUCAGCAACAGUGUGAGUUCCGGCGGCUUCUGGGAGGAACCGACGCAACCCACACUAGCUGCGGCUGUCGCCAAGUCUGCACGCAAGCAGCAGCCAUCCAUGGCAAACUCGGUGGCUUCCGGUGGCAAACAGCAACAGCAGCAGCAACAGCAGCAACAGCAGCAACAGCAGCUCCUGAGCAAGAGCAAAACGAUGGGAAGCAUUUCUACUAGCGGAUCGUCGACGGUGAACGCGGCGAAACAACAAAAGCAGCAGCAAUCUGCGGCUGGCGUAGCGGGUGGAAAGGGUAGCUCGUCGUCGAAUGCUAGUAAGAGCGCUGGAGCUGCUGGUGGCAAGAACGGUACAGCUGCCGGCGGUGGUGAUAGGAAGAAUAUGAACGAGCAAACCAACGAAUUUACCAGCUGGUGCACCCGAGCCCUCAGUUCAUUGAACAGCGAAGUCGAUAUUCCAACGUUCGUUGGGUUCCUGCAGGACAUUGAAUCGCCGUUUGAGGUUAAGGAUUACAUCCGUGUAUACUUAGGAGAAAAUAAGGAGAGUUCGGAAUUUGCGAAGCAAUUCCUUGAAAGACGCUCGAAGUACAAAAAUCAGCAGCGCCAAAAGAAUGCCCACAUCGAUGACAUGUGUAAACCAGCACCGGCUAUCAAUCCAUCAUCAAAUGAUUUCCAAGAAAUCAAGGGCAAAGGUAAGAAAGUGAAGAAAAACAAGAUGACUAAGCUCGACAACCGAAUCCUGGGAUUCUCUGUGACGGCUGCACCGGAUCGUUUGAACGUUGGUGACCGAGACUAUGGCGACAAUGUCUAAUUGUUAAGUAACAGCACGUGGUGAAGAACUGUACAGUCAGAAAGCAUGGGGCAGGAGCAUGUGUGUGGGAGAUGUUUGAAAAACAAAAACAAAACGAAAAUAGGUGCACAAUGCAGACAAGUAAUAUUCGGGGUGCUAUGCUACUCACCGGACAAAUUCGAACUGUAAUUUGUUAACCGAAAGCGUGUGUAAACAAAUGGCAUACUAAGAUUUGAUAAGCAAAUCUUCUUCGUAAUUUAAGCCAAACGACGAACGAUGUACGAUGCUUUUUUCUCAUCCUGGUGUGGUAAAAAAAUGAAAUUUGCAAUUUGGGCAAACUUCUUAAAGCUUGUGUGGGGAUACAUUUUUGAACCAUAACCUUCUCUAAAAAUAACAUAAAACGUUUAAUGUUUGUAAAGAGAACGAAUACGGCGACUUACAGGAGGUGAAAUGUUGAAAAUGGCUCCGUUUUUGAUAGGUUUUUAUUGAAUGCUUCGAACCACAAUAAUUCUUUAAAGCUCUUAUGGGAAAUGUCCUACAUCAUGCUUUUUUUUGGAUCCUACCUAGAAUCAUCGAUUUUUUCUUCAUACGUGUCAUACGUGUCAAUUGUUUUAAAACAAUUUUGGAUGUUCAAACACGAGUGAAAUGUGUUUCCUUAGCUGGUAGGAGGUCCAAUGCACUCUUUACUGCUUGAUUGAUGUACGGCAAACCUUCCCAAACGUGGAUGAGUACAUUGUUUGUUGUUGAGCUUGUAUUAAAAUAAAAGUUGUUAUUACAAAUGAAAGCAGCCGUAAGACCAGGAUCGAGUGAACCUAUCAACCGUCUCUUCAUUCAUAGAUUUACGAACAUGUCUGUUCAAGGAGAAAUUGUUUAAGUGGAGUAAAUGAGUUAUUAAUUUAGCGCCUUCUAAAGGACAUCCUUCAUUAUGAAAUAAAUCUUAAUAAAACCUCCGGUAAUACGUGGUUUAGAAGAACA